CUCAAAUCAGACCGGAUCAAGUCAAAGUCGAACGAUCAAGAUCAAAGGACGACUGUGGAGGCCCAUAAUUAGAAAAGUUCAUCGGGAAUCAACAAAGUCAAAAAAAUUAUGCCGAUUGCCUAAAUCGAUUCUCGAUCAACGAAAUAAGAAUAAGAACUAGAACAUGAACGCUCAAAACUGAUGAAACGUUACCAACACUUUGCUAUAUAAUCAUCAUCAUCAAACAAUCAUCAUCCUCGUCUUCACUAACAUCACAUCCGAACUUUAAAUCAGUCCCAGUUUCAUCAACUUCAUCGUCAUCCACACCUUCAUCCAUUGUCCUCCUGUUCGCAUCCUCAUCCUCUGCACAUACGAAAAUUAUACUACCUUGCCAUUGUACAUUUGCUGUUAAAUUAACCCCUCACAUUCUCAAAUCAUGACUACCCAACAUCGAACUGGUCCUGUACCUAAGUCUAUGCCAUUGGUGUGUUCAGGACACACGCGACCCAUUCCGGCAAUAUCAAUUUCAGGCCUUCAACCUGAUGGCCAAUACAUGAUCAUAUCGGCCUGUAAAGAUGGAAAACCAAUGUUACGAGAUUGGAUGGGAGAUUGGAUCGGUACUUUCUUGGGCCAUAAGGGAGCAGUUUGGUCUGCUAAGUUGAAUGAAGAUGCAAGUUUGGCAGUCACUGGAUCUGCCGAUUUUUCAGCUAACGUGUGGGAUACAUUUAGUGGAGAUGUGUUACAUACCUUCCAACAUGAUCACAUCGUUCGAGCCGUCGAUAUUACUCCCAACGGUUCCCACAUCUUCACCGGUGGGAUGGAAAAAAAGUUACGAAGAUUUGAUUUAAAUCGACCUGAUGUGUUUCCUGAUUUAUUCUACACAUCAAAUGGAACUGGCACAACCUCUCAUGAUGGAAUGAUCAAAAGUGUGAUUUGGGAUGAUCAACGACAAUUGAUCAUCAGUGCAGGAGAAGAUCGAAGGAUAAGAUGGUGGGAUCCACGUCUAGGCGGCGGACCAAAAACUUUGGUGGCUGAAGUCGAAUUUGAAGAUGGUAUAGCUAGCGUCGAAAGAAGCUUUGGAGGAGAUUGGCUAUCGGUUGCUUCUGGCAAGAAAGCUAUUUUUCUCGAUACUGAUACUCGUGAGAUCAUCUUCGAGCACACACUCAACUAUCCAGUCUCUUCUUGCUCACUCGCUCCGAGAACCCGAGAUCGGUUUGUUACUGGUUCGACAUCCGAUGGUUGGGUUAGAGUUUAUGAUGCGAUGUCUGGUGAAAUGAAAGAGGAGAAUAAAGGUCAUCAUGGUCCUGUGCACUCCAUCUCCUUCUCACCUGAUGGAGAGCUCUACGCCUCUGGCUCGGAAGAUGGAACAAUCCGAUUAUGGCAAACCACCCCCAAAAAUUACGGACUGUGGCGUUAUGAUGUUUAGGCCUCACCACAUUCUCAUGCCAAUAUGAAAUAAAACACUCCUUUGGAUUUGCUUUUUGGUUGUUGUCGGUUCGUAUAUAUAGAACCCCGUCUUGCAUUUUCAUUUCAAAACCAACAUAGAGCUCAAGUCCUACAAAAACCCAAUCCGAACCAAAUUGUUUAUGUUCAAGAAAUACUUUAAUCUUCUUCCUUCUCUUGACACUACUGAUGAUGAUCGUAUUAGUAUGAGUAGUAGCAGUAGCGGUUUUGUAUUUAUUGAUUUACUUUACUUUCUUGGGUCAAUGGGUUUGUGAAGAAGGAAUUAUUUCUAUUGACCUUCCUUCCGUUUACUGGUGUUUGGGGCUUUUCUUUUCUAUGAGAGCUGAUCUUAUGCUAGACACCUCCGAUUUUGAACAACAAAUGAACACCCAAAGACUUGAAUGUCAUGAAACCUU